AUGAGGACAAACAACACAUGUUGGAUAAACAUUAUCAAAAAGGAUGAAGGUACGAGUCAAAGGAGUUUUGAAAAUAUGCACACGGAGAUGCAACUAAUGGCAAAUACUGUGAAAAAAGAAGAAGAUAAUGGGAAAACAAAUCAAUUCAUAUUGUUCCUAGUCUCGCAUCUUAUGAUAUUAUCAUCCAAGUUAAAGCAAACAGAAGACAGGAUCAUCGAUGUCUUGACAGACGUCCAUCACGGCCGUAUCAGUCCGUUGUUACUUAUGCCACAUCAGCUACUAAACGAGCUCCAAACGAUCAAGGCACAUAUGCCACCAUCCCGCACUCUACCUAUUUCAGAAGAUAACUUGACAGAGUUCUUCAAGCUAAUGACAUGUAAGGGAAGUGUUAUGAAAAAUAGUGUCAUAUUUGAGAUUCGCCUUCCAUUAGUGGAUCUUCAACAAUAUGAUUUAUAUAACAUGAUUCCAAUACCCAUGCUACAGUCUGGUCAGUUCAUUUCAAUAUCACUACCAUCAACAAUAUUGGCAGCAAAUGCUCAUCGGGAUGAAUUCAUAUCGUUAACAACAGACGAAAUGCACAGUUGUGUACAUACAACGAAUGACAUUUAUAUUUGCCAUAAACAGGCAAAGUUGAGCAAGCAUGAUCGGUCGCAUUUAUGCGAGAUCAACUUUUUAUUAAAUAAGUCAUCGGAAGCUUGCGACGUAAAGUCAACAACUUAUUACGAAGGUUGGAGGCAAAUGGUCCAAAAGGGUCAAUGGAUAUUUACCCUACCAAACGCAACAGAAUUGUCAUUCGUGUGUGGUACACAAAUGACUCACCUGGAAGUACAAGGAACUGGGACUCUCGAGAUAGGGUCAAAUUGCAUAUUGAAAGAUAACACCGUUACGAUAUAUGGUCAUUACGAGAAUCAGACCGUUGGGCAUACGUCGUACGUAAGACUUAAGCCGCUAGACGCAAUCAUAUCAACCAGCAAGCUUGCCGUGUUAAACACAACCUUGGACAACAGCUAUGAGACACAUACUGCUGAACUCAUCAAUUUACACCAGCAGUUGAAGUCCAUAGAUAUUGGACACCUGCCACAACUAAUGAAGACAACAGCCGUUCAUCAUCACGUCACUAGUUAUUUGGCUCUGUGCGUAGGAAUUGGAGUGGCUAUCUACGUCACAUGCAAGUUUCGCCAGUUCUCGACGACCAGCAGCAACAACAGCAAUCCAGUACCAACCCCUCGCCAAUCACUCCCGUCAUCAUAUUUCAUCGACGCUGCAGUUUCUUGA